AUGUUGCAUUCGCAUCUAAAAGCUCUCCUGAACGACGUGGGCGCCUAUCUAAAGCUACAGGAGCAUUGGGGGGUUUUCGUGCCCCCAUUAGUAGGAUACAGAACCACAGCCAAUGGCAAGAUUGUGCAUGUAGCAACAGAGUUGAUCGAUGACAGUCAACUCGGUCCUGGGACAGUGACGAGGGAGGUGGCUGCUGCGGCACUUCAAGCGCUUGGCGCUGUGCAUGCGUGCGGGCUGCUUCAUGGGGAUGUCGAGGCACGGAAUAUUAUGGUCGUGCGGGGUACAGAACCAUCUGUCCGCCUUGUGGAUUUUGGCUUUGCUUGGUGCAGCAACAAUAGGAAGUGGCAGAAGGCAGAGGUCAUGAAGUUGGAGCGCCUCUUGGAAGAGAUGAUGGGAGUGGGGUGGGAAAAGAGUCAGAUAUUGUAA